AUGGAAAUUGAAGAGGCGCAGCUUUUCGAAGAAGAAGAAGAAGAAGAAGAAGAACGAGGAGGAGGAGAGAACGAGAGUAGUGUGCGGUACGUGACCGUGGAAAUCAAAAGCGACGCCGAGUUGUUAUUCGAUGAUGAUUCGAGAGAAACGGACGAUUUUGGUGAGAAGAAAAAAAGAAAAAUCAGAAUCGACGCGAAGAAAACGGUGAAAGACUUGAAAGUUGACGCGAGCAAACGCUUAAUAUCAUCGUCUUCUUUACAUAAACCAACCAAUCCGAAAUACAUCUGUUUUUUGUACCAAGGCAAAGUUUUAAAAGAAGACGAGGAGACGUUGGAAAACGCGCUGGGGUUGAACCGAGAGAAACUGAGAUAUCUGAGCAGCAGCGACGAGGAGGAUGUAGUAGACGAGGAAAGAAGACGAGGAAACGAAAGAAAAGAAGACGACGAAGACGAAGUGAAGAUUGUGCACAUGAUCGUGAGAAAAUCAAAUCGAGAACUGGAACGCGAGAGAGAAGAGAGAGAGAAGAGGAGAUUGGAGGCGAGAGAGACGAGUGACGAUAAUAGGAGUAGGAGUAGUAACGUCGAUAGGAACGUUUUGGCGAGCGCGCAACCGAACGCAACCUCGACGCCACAACAACAACAACAACAACAACAAGUACAACAAUCUCCACCGCCAGGCGCGGUGAUGGUUUCACCAAUGGUGAUAAAUGCGUACAAUGCGGCUUAUAAUGCGGCGUUUAGGAGCUUGCGACCGAACGCGACGGUAAUUCCUAGAUCGCCGGGAUUGGCGUACGUGCAAACGAACGCCGCUCUCGAACAAUCAACAUUUUUUCAACGGCAAGAAAAUGUGACGAGCCAAAUAGGAGGAAGCGGUGCGAGUGGCACUAACGUCGCAGGAGCAACGGCAGAUGCUGCCCCAAACGUGCCGCAAGGAGCCGAAGCAUUAGGAGCAGCGCUGGCCCGGGCGAAUAACAACAACAACAAUCCAGACAUCGAUUUCGAUCCGAAUCAACCGUAUCAACGCAUCGUUCGAAGAGGUGAGGACGGCGAAGAAAUUGUCGAAGUAAUUCGAGUCAUCCAGUUUCGAAUCGACUUGAAACUCAUGUUCAAGCUCAUUUUAAUCACCGCAUUCGCUUGUCAAGACGCGUCGAGGAAGAAAAUGGCCAUGUACAUCACGGCGGCGGUCAUCGGAUACUUGUACCAAACCGGCGUUUUAGAAUCCGUUUGGGACGCUCUCUUUGGCGCCUAUUUACCUCCCGAAAACGAAGCGCAACAAGGAGGUGGGGCAGACGCUCGAGCGAACAACAACAACAACAACAACAACGCGAGAGACGAAGGGAAUGACAACAAUAACAAUAGAAAUAACAUCAGGAACGGACGUCGUCAACGCUACCGACGACCGCCGCAUGUCGCGGGAUAUACCGACGCUAUGCCGCAAAGUUGGUUCGGCGAGUUGAAAAUAUUCGCCUAUUCCUUUUUGGCUUCGUUGUUCCCGGCGUGGAGAGUUCCAAAUUUGCAACAACAACAACAGCAGCGGCUUCAAAACGAACAGAACAACGACAACAACAACCCACAGAGACACCUUCAUCAAGAUUAA